AGUCAUCCCGUGCCCGGUGAAGGCCAGGGAUGAGCUAGUUAAUCUAGGAAGCCCUAGAAGCGGCUUCAGGAUGUCGUUAUGACAGACCCUAAGACGGAUCAUGGAAGCAGCCAUAUACCGCGACCACAGCGAGUUGCACUUGUUGCAGUAGAGAGAGUAGAAGUGGCUCCUGAAUAACUCGACUUCACCUCCGUGCUGCAGAAGGAGAAUUUCUUCAGCAGCUUGUUGCCGAUGACUGUGAGCUUGGUGGUCUGCUUCUUGAUGUUAUCAUCAUCGGUCCUUUCCCUGCUGAUGACAUGGCCCAGACUGUUGAAGUCGGUACUGGCUGGUGCUGUAGCAGUGGUAUUUAUCGUGUGUGUUGUAGUGCCCCUUGUCUUCCACUACUCUCCACGUUUGCAGCGAUUCUUCCUGUUUUUGAACUCAGUUUCUUCAUCAAUAAGCCUCAAUAGGCCAGAGGAUGUGGGUCUACCUGGAACUCGCAAUUUUUAUCUUAAGACAGACAAAGAUGUUUCUGUUGGAAUUUGGCAUGUACUGCCAGGGUCACUAAUUCAUUCAGCUCCUGAAGAGCCAGGGGAAUGGGAAGCCUGGUAUGAAGGCAGCCUGAAGAGGGAGCAGCCCAUUGUAUUGUACUUGCAUGGCAACAAAGGAUCAAGAGCUGCGAGCCACAGAGUGGAACUGUAUAAUAAACUAAGAAGAAUGGAGUAUCAUGUCAUUGCAUUGGACUAUAGAGGUUAUGGUGACUCUUCAUCUGUGACUGUCAAUGAAGAAGGUUUAGUGGCAGAUACAAAAUUGGUCUUCAAGUACCUCCGUGGUAAAGCAGGAAAUUCCCCCAUCUUUGUCUGGGGUCAUUCUCUCGGCACUGGGGUGUCAUGCCAUGCUUUGUCAGAACUUUGUCAAGAGAACCAAUGUCCCCAGGGGCUUGUGCUGGAGGCUGCCUUUAACAACUUGCAUGAUGAGAUAGAACUCAAUCCUCUUUCUCGGGUCUUCCACAAUUUGCCAUAUUUUGAGUGGGCUUUUAUAGAUCCACUACGAGACAUUGGGAAUGAGUUCAAGAAUGAUGUUCACAUCACCCACAUCUCUUGCUCUAUAAUGAUCCUCCAUGCCCAAGAUGACAAUGUCGUGCCAGUUGAACUUGGAAGAAAGCUCCACAAAGCAGCUCAAGAUAGAAGACCUCCAGCUGCUCUGCCUGUUACAUAUAUUGAGUUUGAAGCUAACUAUGGUUUGGGUCAUAAUAACAUUCCCCGUGCUCCAAAGUUUUCAUCCAUUAUAAGGACAUUUGUUGAAAAUUCAAGAAAAGGAAUUAAGAGUUGAAACGAAGCAGGAGCUGUGCAGGUUGGUGUUUCCAAGAACAGCACACAUGGGAAUGAGCAGCAGGAGUUGUAAUGGAAAUGGUAAGACCAUUUUAUGGAUCAUUAGGAUCACUUUAAUUUUCUCUCAAAAACAUCUCAGAACAGUGGGAGUCCCUUUGACAAAUUCUGUAACCACCCUGUUGCCACUGGUGGUUCUGCUAAUUUCCCUCAGUCACUCAUAUUUGUGGCUUGCUUAUGUUUUUUUAAGUUUUCAAGCAUUGUUUAACUGCAGUACUGCCCUACCAGCACCCCAUCAUCAAGAGAUCUACUCAGUAGUUGCCUUAUGGCUGACCGUCGCGUACACAUAAAUGUACGUCUUCAAAGGCAGCACCCCCUGAACGUGCCUGUACGUUCACAGGAGAGGCUUACAUUACCAAAUCUUAGAGAUCUUGGCCUCCUCUUUCCAAUGGUGUUUUUGUUUUUUAGCUGUGAUGAAUAGUUUUUGAGAUACAAUGGUUAAAAAGAGAUCCCCUUCCCCCGCAGUGGUGCCCAAGCUUGCCUGGGGGGAUAUUUUGUUGCAAGCGCUUAGCAAGGAAAGGGUUAAUAUGAAUGGGAGAGGGAUGCCUCAAGUCGUUGUCUAAUCAGCAAUGAGCUUACAAAGCAACCUAAGCUCUGAUUGCAAGCUACAAAUGAAAUGACUGUAGUUCUUACCAAUCACCCUUACCUUUUCAUUAAUCCCUCAUUCUAAAAUUGGUAGAGCCACAGACCAUCUUAGCAAAUAAACAGCACUCAUAUUUUCUCCAAAUCCAUGUCUUCCCAAUGUUUGCUCCACCUGGCUCAGACCUUUUGUUCAAAAUGUGAAAAUGGCUUCAUCUGUUUUAAGAGAUUUUCACCUGUAAUAAUUGCCUACAAGGUUUGAAGCCUUUUAUCAUGCUGUCAGUUUCACUGUGGUCACUGCAAUGAUGUGAUUAAAUACAUUGUUCACCCUAUCUUCACCUUAGAUGCCAUUCAUCCACCCAGUCUUUCUUUGCACAAGAAGUAGAAGGAAAAAUAGACCUGUUACUUUUUUAAAAAGAGAUCCCAUGCCAGAACAUGAUUAAAAAUAGGGAACUUACUUGAAUGAAUGGAAUUCCAUGUACUGGCAGAGCGUCCGUCAACCAGAGAAGUGUCUAAAGGAGUCCGUUAAGUUAGUGCUACCUCACCUGAUUUUGAUUUAGUACCCUCUUACUGACAUUCUCUUGUUGUUACUAACACCAACUUGUAUGUGAGCAAGUUGUAAUUACUGGCAUGUAUCAGAUGUUAUCAUCAUCAUCGUUUAACGUCCAUUUAUUCCCUAAGGUGGGGUUGGACGGGAUAUGAGCCUCCUCCACUGUUGUCGGUCCAUAGCCAUUUCUUCUGUGAUGUUCAACAUCCUCAUAUCUUCCUCCACCACCCUUCCUCACUCUUCCUUGGUCUUCCUGAUGGUCUUCUGCCCUCUACCUCAAAAGUUCAGUGCUCGUCUCAGGAUGUGUUCUCCUUUCCUCACGGGUCCAAACCACCUUAAUCUGGUCUUACUCAGUAACUCCUCCAGGCCACUCCUCCUCACCACUUCUUCAUUUGAAAUUCCAUCUUGCCAUCUGAUUGCCAUCAAAUAUCUAAGCAUUCUCACACCACACUGUAUCAAUAGUGCUUCCAGCUGUUUCGUCGUAGCCCAAGCCUCAGAAUGUAUCAGAUGUUAUCAUUCAAUUUUUUUUUAACCAUCUGUUUUGGUUAGGGAGGCAGCACUUUUUGUGCUUUAUUUUAUCACCAUGUCUUAUGAAUGGGGUUGAAAUUUUAUUGGUGAUAAGUUGCUAUUCUCCAUGAAAACAGAUUACUAUUUUAGCUAUGAAAUGUUACUAUUCAUUAUGUUUAGGUAGAUUCUAUUAGAUUUUUUUCUUAAUCAAAUGGAGAAGGGUUACUAUUUUUGUGCAUAGGGUACUAUCAGCUCAAGUUUUGUUAAUGGUGUUUGUUUAUUUAACAAUUAGUUUUCAAGGGGUAUGAAUUUCACAGCUAGUAAAUAUCUUUUCAAACAUUUUUGGCAGGAAGCCUUGGUUGAUUAUAUUUUUUUCCCCUUGGAGUGCAGAUUCUCUCAUUUAGUGGCAAUAGGUCACCAUCCCUAGGUAGGUUACCUUAGGUAUGAAGGGUUGGUUACCAGGUAGUCUGUAUAUUCCCUAGAGUGGGUUGCUAAGGGCUAGGGAGGGAUGUGCAAAAGCCCUUGAAGAGUGAUUAAGUGAACCAGUAUAGAAUAAGGGCUGUUUAUUGGAAGAUGCACUUGGCAUGGACAGAAGGGAAGGAAGGUUAAAGAAAUCAUGUGUAGAAAGUGAGGGAAUGAAUUACAGGCUGAUAGAAGUUAUUAGAUGCAUUCAUUGAAAUGGCUUUGAAACCUGGAGAGAAAUGUAGGAAAAUAAGGCGAGAAGACAGAGGUAUGGUACAGGAGCAAGGUUAAUGUAAUGGGUGUGAUAUGAGCUCCUCUAUAAUGGAAUGCAUAUCUUGAAGUAUUUCAGGCAUAGGGAGGGUGGAGGAAUAUGAAGGCUAGAGUCUUUACCUACAGGAGUGGAAGAGUAUACCAUGCCAAAUAGUGCUUGGUAGAAGAUACCAUGUUGGAGAGUUGUCUUGAUACUUCCCUCUUUAAAGUUGAAGGCAGGAGGAUAUAAAGAUACAAGAAAGCAAAAAGGAUGAAAUAAUGAAGAUUCUGGUUAACUAUAGCUUAAGGGAUUUGGAUAGUAUUGCUGUUGCUGUCAUCCUUUAAAAAUAUAUAUCAAUAAAAUUGUGUGUGGAUAAAAUGGAAAAUGUCUACUCUUUCAACAAGUGAUUAUAGAUUUCAUUCAUGGUAGAAAAUGCCAUAUUUUUUUUUACAAAGGAACAUAUAUAUAUUUGACAUUAAAACUUUACAAAUUUUGAACACACUUUAAUAUGUUAUAUAUUAGAUAAGACACAAGGGCUUCAUGACCCUAGGCACUAAGUAAUUUGCGACGGAUUUACUGGAGUGGGCUCGCAAAACAACAUCAAGGGUGAUUUAAGAAAGAGGGGUGUAUCUGAAUUAUGUUUUAAUCUAGGGCUAAUAAUGCUUACAUAGCAAUGAUAAUCCUUUGGUAUCUACCAGACUUCGCUUUAGCAGUCAGUAUUCUAACUAGAGUCCCCUCUUUUCUUAUUUCACCCUAAUUUUUGUACUAGGCUACAUUACAAUGGCAUAGAAUACAACUGUACAUAUGAUAUGUUUAAUAUGACUAUAGUAUGAAAUAAAUCAGCACCAGUUGUUAAGUGGGUAACAAAUGCAGUU